AUGAUCCCACCAAGUUUCGAUUACAUUAGCGCUGGAGGCAAUCGACACCCUUCAGCUGCAGACUGGGAUCAAUGGUCUGGUGUGCUUGCAUUCGGAGCCGACCAGAAUGUUGCCUUUUGGAACCCACUUGGAGCCGAUGGGAGAGGGAUUUAUGCAAUCUUGGUGGGACAUGAGGACCAAGUCAAUGCUAUCAAAUUUGCUCAACAGAUGUCGGAUGAAACACGGAGACUACUGAGCGGAUCUGCUGACGGUGAGCUUUGCGUAUGGCAGAGUAAUUCACAUGGCAACCUGCCAGACCAAUGGGUUCUGCUUUCGAAAUUGAAAGCCCACAAAGGCGCCAUCAAUACUAUUGCUACACUUCCUGGUUCGCAACUGUUCGCCACAGGAGGGUCAGACUCCACGAUCAAAAUCUGGAGUCUCCCUGCUGGAGACACGAGCGCCGCCCUAGUCCAUACUAUUGAGCUGAAACCAAGCUACAUACCUCUCACAGUUGCAAUUGGCGAUCUUAUGGUAGAGGAUCAGACGGAUUCGGUGUUUGUUGCCGUUGGCGGAACGAGACCAUCGAUUCAAGUUUACACAGUGUCGGGUUUGGCUGCCGGAAAAGCUACUCAUUGUCUUCAAGUGACAAUUAGCGGCCAUGAAAGCUGGGUCACGUCGCUAGCCUUGAAAAGCAUCAGAGAACAUGGUCGAAGUCCAGACGAAGCUCUCUGGCUUGCAUCUGCUAGCCAGGACAAAUCAAUUCGACUUUGGCUCAUUUCACGCGACCGCCAUGAUAACCAUGGUUGUCCACCGAAGGAUGAACUCCUGCUGGAACAAUCUCUUGCAGCCAAGGUGCACACUAUUCGAGCAGCGUCUGUUACUCUUUCGAUUACAUUCGAGGCACUAUUGUUGGGGCAUGAAGACUGGAUAUAUACAGCUUUCUGGAACCCUCAACCGGGCACCCGACAGCUUCUGACGGCAUCAGCGGACAACUCUUUGAUUGUGUGGGAGCCGGAGCCGUUAUCAGGUAUCUGGCUAAGUAGCACCCGUUUGGGAGAAAUCAGCGGACAAAAAGGAGCCACGUCGGCAACCGGUAGUACUGGAGGCUUCUGGAUAGGGUUGUGGUCACCAAAUGCUGAUGCAGUAGCUUGUCUAGGCAAAACUGGAAGUUGGAGGCUAUGGAAACACGACACAAAUCGCUCAUACUGGGUCCAAAAGGCAGGCCUCAGCGGACAUACGAAGAUCGUGACCGAUCUGUCAUGGACCAGAAAAGGCGAAUACCUGUUGUCGACUAGCUCUGAUCAGACGACAAGGCUGCACGCUGAAUGGCAAUCCAGCGACUCAAGAUCUUGGCACGAAUUUGCACGGCCGCAAAUACAUGGCUAUGAUCUAAAUUGCAUACAAAGCUUGUCAACAACAGGGUUUGUGUCAGGGGCUGAUGAAAAGCUGCUUCGUGUAUUUAAGCAGCCCAAGAAUGUUGCGAACAUGCUGAAACGGCUUUGCGGGAUUGCCUCAUCCGAAGAGGCAGACGUCAUGCCAGAGGCAGCGGACAUGCCAGUGCUGGGUUUAUCAAACAAAGCAACCCCACAGAAUAUUGGUGAUGGGGCCGACUUUGAUGUCGACGAUAAUGUUGCUGGUCCCACGCCUUCAGCAGUCUAUGACUCCGAGGAGCCCCCUACCGAAGAUCAUCUCGCUCGGCACACAUUAUGGCCAGAGCAGGAGAAGCUAUACGGCCAUGGGCAUGAGAUAUCUGCAUUGGCAGCUAAUCAUCCCGGUUCGUUCAUAGCUACAGCCUGUAAAGCAAGCUCCACAGAACAUGCGGUCAUUCGAAUGUAUGAUACAAAGGAUUGGCACGAGAUCAGACCACCACUUGCGGCCCACUCUUUGACUAUUACGGGGUUGGCAUUUGAGAUGAAUGGCGACCAAUUGCUGAGUGUUGGACGCGAUCGACAAUGGGCUGUCUUUGUUCCAACAACCCCCAGAGGUGGGCUCGCCACUAACGGGCACGCUUCGCCGAAUUAUGCUUUGUCAGCAGCGAAUCCGAAAGGUCAUACAAGGAUGAUUCUGGACGCAGCGUGGUGCGUGACAAGUACUUGGCCUGUCUUCGCUACAGCAGGUCGUGAUAAGACUGUAAAGAUCUGGGCAUCUCUGGACGACAAGAACCAAGAGUUUACCUGCAGGACGAAUAUUGUACGAGACGCAGCUGUGACCGCCAUAGAUUUCUAUAAUAACUACGCCGAGAACCUUGCUUGUCUAGCCGUGGGAGAGGAAACUGGGCAACUCUCGUACCACGUCAUUCCGGUCGAUCCCUACAGAAGCAGUGAUGGCAAGCCGAUUGAGCCUCUUCGAUCGGUGGAGAUUGCAAAGAGACUGUGCCCUUCCAAGGCUAUAAUGCGCCUGGCAUGGCGACCGUGCGACUUGGGCCGACUCGGGAAUGGAGCACCAAGUCAGCUGGCAGUGGCCAGCGCGGACUCAUCUCUGCGCAUCCUCUCGAUAGACUGGGAAGAUCGGAGGGAACAUGAACAUACAUAUGAGGAACAUAUAGAUGAUUAA